AUGCCGACUCUGCCACCGCCAUGCACCACCUCCGACGCGCGAUCCGCCAUCAUUGGUGGUGAAGUGACCGGGUACCACAUACUGGACAUCGUGGGAUACUCGCACAUCAAGGAGCAGUUGCGCCGUGGAGACUCCACCAACUCUCUCCCUUUCACCGUCGGAGGUUGCUCCUGGUACAUCUCAUAUUACCCCAACGGUUGCCCCCACAGCGCCGACGGCUUCAUAGGUAUCUUCCUCUGCCUAGAGCAGAGCUGCGGCGCCGACCGCGUGAAGGCGCGAGUCAAGUUUAGUUUGCUGGAUCGAGCUGGGAAGCCGGUGCCAUCGCACUCCCGUACCACUGUGCUGAUCUUCGAUAAGAUCUUCAUCUCUGCAGAUUACCCUUGCUGCUUCGGCUUUGCUGAGUUCAUGCGGUGGGCAGAUCUGGAGAAGUCGGAGCAUCUCAAGGUCGACCGCUUCACAAUCCGGUGCGAUAUCACGAUUGCCAACAAGCUCUGCAAGGAGCGGCGGAGAGCUGCGUAUGGGUUGGUUAAGGUGCCACCAUCCGAUCUGCACCAGCAUCUCGGCGAGCUCCUCGCGUCCAAGCAAGGCGCAGAUGUUACGUUCCAUGUUGGCGGCGAGACGUUCAGAGCGCACAGGUAUAUUCUCGCGUCCCGGUCGCCGGUCUUCCAGGCAGAGCUCCUUGGCCCGAUGAGAGAAAGCCAUGCUGCGGCUGUCGUCGAGAUACAAGACAUGGAGGCGCAAGUGUUUCAAGCCCUGCUAGAGUUCGUGUACACCGAUGCCUUGCCUCAGGACAUGACGCAGGAGGAGGACGCUGUGAUCUGUCAGAAUCUACUUGUUGUGGCGGACAGGUACAGCAUGGACAGGCUGAAGCUGGUAUGCGAGGACCGGCUUUGCAGGCAUAUCAACGUGGCCUCCGUGGCUAUCAUAUUGGCUUUGGCCGAGCAGCACCGGUGUCAUGGCCUCAAGGAGGCAUGCCUCCAGUUCCUUGUGUCCCCGGCUGUUCUCAAUGCAGUCGCAGCAGCCGAAGGCUUUGAUCAUUUGGCUAAUACCUGCCCUUCUGUUUUGAAAGAUUUAAUCUUUAAGCUCACCGACUGUCGUCUCGAUAUCUGGGGGAAAACAGGUUAG